AUUCCUAACAUCAAACAUCAUGAAGAUUUUCAUUCUUCUAAGUCUUGCAGUAGUAGCUUUGGGGGAACCACCAGUUGGGGAUGGCUACCCAGCUGCUCGCUCAAGUACUGACGUGGACAUACAGAAGUCUCUAUCAUUUGAUUACGGAGUGCCAGCGGUUGAAGCGAAAUCCUCAUAUCUUCCACCCUCAUAUGAAACUUCAGGUCGUUCCAGAUCCUUUCAAAAGUCUGCCCAAUCAGGAUAUUCUCGCUCAUUCGGAGCUCCAAGAUUAUCGCAAACCUACGGUGUCCCAAGCGGUCGAAACUCAUUGUCUCAAUCAUAUGGACCACCGAAUGUCAGAAGUUCCCUGUCAACUAAAUACGGUGUUCCUGGGGCUAGGAAUCCUCUUUCUCAAGAAUAUGGCGCACCAGCUCUAAGAGAUUCGCUUUCGCAAGAGUAUGGAGUGCCAUUUGCAAGGAAUACUGUUUCUCAAGACUAUAGCGUUCCUGCUGUAAGGCAGACUCUCUCUGAGGAGUAUGGUGUGCCAUCUGCAAGGAAUUCUCUCUCUCAAGAGUAUGGUGCCCCCGCUGUAAGGACUUCUCUUUCUCAAGAAUACGGAGUACCAUCUGCCAGGAAUAGUCUUUCUGAGGAAUAUGGUGUUCCUGCAGCAAGAAACUCGCUUUCUCAAGAAUACGGAGCCCCUGCUGCAAGAAACUCUCUUGCUCAAGAAUAUGGUGCCCCUGCUGCAAGGAACUCUCUUUCUCAAGAAUACGGAGCCCCUGCUGCAAGGAACUCUCUCUCUCAAGAAUAUGGAGCCCCUGCUGCAAGGAAUUCUCUCUCCCAAAAAUACGGUGCUCCCAGCUCACGUGCGUUAUCCCAAGAAUACGGAGCCCCUGCUGCAAGAGAUCUAUCCCAAGUUUAUGGAGCCCCUGCCAGAUCUCUUUCGCAACAAUAUGGACCACCAAGCGCCCGCGUAUCUCAAGAAUACGGAGCCUCUGAGUUCGGUGCAAGUGACAGCUACAGCGGCCUAUCAAACUCUUACGGCGCUCCUCUGCAAAGGUCUUCAAGCUUCAAUUCUCCCGGAUUCGAACCAGUACCUUCCGAAGAAUACGGUGUACCUUCAAUCCCUGAUGUUGUUUCUGCAAGAUUCAACAAAGGGCAAAGUAAUUCCGGUUUCGGAGGUCGUGUUUCAACUCAAUAUGGUGCACCAAAUGCUAGAAAUGUUAAUGCUAAGUCAGCGUAUCCAUCCAGUAGUUAUGGAGGUCCAAAAACUGGAUAUCCUGAAGCCAGGUCUGAUUUGAAAACUGAUGCGUAUGCUUCUGGAUACAGUUCAGCAAGGUCUACAUCCAACACCUAUCUUCCUCCGUCCAUGUCAUCCCAACAGUAUGGAGUACCGGACCAAUACAGCGCACUCUCCAACCAGGGUUAUGGAUACGCCAGCAACGCUUUGGACGAACUACUCAAUGAGCCAGCCAGCUACGACUUCGGUUACAAAGUGAGCGAUUACCAGAGCGGUAGUGACUUUGGCCACACGGAGACCAGGCAGGACAACAAGGCUGAAGGGUCCUACUUCGUCGUGCUUCCCGAUGGGACUAAACAGACUGUAGAAUACGAAGCCGACGAGCGAGGCUUCAAGCCGAAGAUCUCAGUGGAGCUAGUCGACACUGGAUACGACGACAACGCAGCCAACAUACGAUCGGGCGAUGGACCAUACUAAACAGAAUGCAAAAAGUUAUAGAGAAAUUCAAUUAGCUAAUUAUUUUAACAUUUUAA